AUGGCAGAAGUGCUUCGACGACGACAGGAACUGUUACCAAAUCUGAAGGUGUUGAGGGGGAUCGAGGAGUACAUUGAGAUUGGGGAUCAGCUGCACAAUGAGGAUGAGUAUGUAACUUCAGCAGGAUCGGACGAUGAGUUUGAGCAUGGUUCGGGCUCGAACUGA